AUGGCAGAUGCACAAGGACUGGAUAAUGUGCCAGUUCCUAUACAAAUUAUCGAUGUUCCUGGCCCGCCGAACUAUAACCACUACCUUCCGUUGUAUGAUGCUGCGUUAAACGGUGACUGGGAUAGUGCCUUGAAGUUCAUCGAAGCCAAUGAAGGUGCACAGAACCCAAUCAUCAAUGACAUCCAGAGGACCGCAUUGCAUGUUGCAGCUGGUGCAGGACAAUCUGAGUUUGUAAUAGAGCUGGUGAAAACCAUGGACUCAGAAGUACUUGAACAAAUAGAUUCUGCUAACGGUGAUACAGCCCUUCACUUUGCUUCUCUUAACGCAAGCCUCGAUGCUGUCAGAGCAAUAAGGAAAAAGAACAAGCUUUCAACACAAAUCCGUAAUACAAAGGGGUGGACUCCGCUCCUACUUUGUGCUGCCUAUGUUACCAAAGAUCGAAAAGAUAUACUUGAGUAUCUUUGCAUUAAGACUAAAAAGGACCUGGAAAGCGAUAUGCUACCUCCUAAUGACCAUGAGGCGCCAAUAUUCUCCGAAUAUCUUGGCGCUGAACUUGUAUGCAAUGUAACUGCUGCUGGUUUCUACGAUGUUGCCUUUUAUCUGGUAAAAAAUUACAGAAAUUUAGCCACUGCCCAAGAUGGAGAUGGAUGCACGAUGCUAGAUGUUUUAGCUAAGAAAAAUUCUGAUUUCCCAAGUGGAACUAAGCUUGGGUUUUGGAAACGACGAAUUUAUUCACUUCCUGGCAUCAAACAAGUCUACCUCAAAAAAUUGGUACAUGUUCAAGCUUUGGAGCUGUUAAAAUGUGUUUGUUUAGAAAUUUCAAGCAUGCCUACUAAAGAAGAUAUAUUGGUGUUCCUGGGAUCAGCGGUGACACAUCGGAAAGGAAAGAUCUUUGGUAUCAUGUAUGGGACGAGUCCAAAAAAGAGGCUCAUGGCCUGUUGGAGAGUGGAAUCAGGAAAUAACAUUUUACAUUUGGCUGCAAGAUUACCUCGUCCAGAAGUACUAAGUGUUGUUGCUGGUGCUGCUCUGCAAAUGCAACGAGAGCUACAAUGGUUCAAGGAAGUGGAGGAGAUUGUUCAGCCAACAUACAAGGAGUCAGAAAAUGAGGAAAAUGAAACACCGAAAGAUGUUUUUGCAAGAGAGCAUCAAGGUUUAGCAGAAAAAGGGGAGAAAUGGCUGAAAGAUACUGCUUCAUCAUGUAUGGUAGUAGGCACCCUUAUUAUUACAGUUGUGUUCGCUGCAGCUUUUACAGUCCCAGGAGGCAAUUACCAAGACAGUGACAUCAUCCGCAAAGGCACGCCAAUAUUUCUAUACGAAAAACCAUUUACAGUUUUUGUCGUAGCAGAUGUCUUGGCUUUCUUCUCAUCCGUCAUGUCAGUUCUCAUGUUCCUAUCUAUCUUGACUUCGCGUUAUGCUAUGGAAGAUUUUCUGGAGCUAUUGCCGAAAAGGUUGAUAGUAGGCCUUGCCACACUCUUCUUCUCUAUCGCUGCCAUGAUGGUAGCCUUCAGUGCAACACUUUGUAUGGUACUUAACCAGAGACUAUCAUGGGCUUUUGUGCCAAUUGGAGUAAUUGCUACUUUCCCUGUAUACUUAUAUGUGUUUCUGCAGUUUCCUUUGCUCAUUGAUAUGAUCCAUUCUACUUAUUGGCCUGAUCUCUUCCAUGGAGACUCGGAGCUAGCAUGA